AUGUCCGGAGAAGUUGCUGUAGAGCCCCCAGGUACCUUCAAGAAUAUCUUCAACAAGCUAAGUGGGCAACCGGAAUCAUAUUGCCGGAAGUCGAGGUAUACUUUUGGUCGGACAUUAGGGGUAGGGGCGUUUGGCACUGUCAGAUGUGGAAAAGAUACUAUCACAGGUGAAGAGGUGGCUAUAAAAAUUAUAUUGAAGAAAUCAUUGAAGGGGAAGGAACAGAUGGUCAUUGAUGAGUUGAGAAUGUUACAAGAAUUACACCAUCCCCAUAUCGUGGGUUUCCGUGAUUGGUUUGAAUCAAAGGAUAAAUUCUAUAUUGUUACUCAAUUGGCUACUGGCGGUGAAAUGUUUGAUAGAAUCAUCCAGCAAGGGAAAUUUACUGAACAUGAUGCAUCUUUAGUAAUUGUUCAAAUUUUAGAGGCUCUUGAAUAUUUGCAUGAUCAAGACAUUGUUCACAGAGAUAUCAAACCAGAAAAUGUUUUGUAUUUAACUCCUGAUGAUGACUCAGAAAUUGUAUUAGCAGAUUUUGGUAUUGCAAAGAAAUUACAUUCUCCUGAUGAAAAGUUGACUCAUGCAGCAGGUUCACCCGGUUAUGCUGCUCCAGAAGUAAUUAUGGGAUUAGGUCAUGGGAAACCUUGUGAUAUAUGGUCCUUAGGAGUUGUGGCAUAUACAGUUUUGUGUGGUUAUUCUCCAUUUAGAUCUGAAAAUGCAACGGAUUUUAUUGCUGAAGUAAAGCAUAAUAAUGCGGUCAUUUUCCAUGCAGAUUAUUGGAAAGACGUUUCUAAAGAUGCAAGGCGGUUUAUUAUUAAAGCUUUACAAUUUAAUCCUGAUGAAAGACCUACUGCCACUGAGUUAUUGAAUGAUCCAUGGUUAGUAUCUAUAGCCAAGGAUCAUAAGGAGAAGGACUUGUUACCUAACUUGAAACAAGGUUUCAAUGCCAGAGCUAAAUUCAGACAAGUGAUUGAAGUGGUAAAAUUAAACAACAGAAUAAAGAAAUUGAAGGAGUACCAAACUGAAGAUGACGAUGAUCCAAAUGAAAUUAAUUUGUUUGGAGAAGACGGGAAAGAGAUGAAAUUACUGUCUGGUGAAUCAUCUACAUUAGAAGGUAGUACUGCUUCCAGUAGUCCAUUGUACUCUUGGCUGAGGUUACAAUCAGCUCUUCGAUCAUUAGACACUAGCGGAAACACUCAAUCCCAGGCUUCGUUGUCUGAAAUCAAGUCACCUUAUAAGCUGGACCAUGCUGCUUCAAGUCUUGAGGUUUCCAAAAAACCAAGUGAUAAAGCCAACAAGACAAAGGAAAAGUCCAAAUUAUCAGCGAAUGCUUUUGUUCAACUUGUGCACACUGCCUCUGAAAACCAGGAGAGAGUUCGAACAUACAAGGAACAUGAUCCUGCAGAUGAUCCUGGAAAGUGA